AUGGAAAUUGUAGUAUUUUUUAUCGUUUUAAUAUAUCUUCCUCUGCUAACUUACACUUCGAUACAUUCAGCUAUUAAUUAUUUUGAUAAACAACUUAAUACUAUUUUUGAACAACAUUCUCGUUAUCGGAUAAUUGAUAAAAGUUUACAAGAUAUUUUUAAUAAUAAUGUUGAAAAUGAAAAGAUUGAUUUUUUAAAUGAUAGUGAAGAUGUAUAUAAAAGAGUUCAACAAUUUUUUAUUGAUAAAAUCAAUGCUGUUCAGGCAUUAACAGAAACAGCUGAAAAAGUUUCAAAAGAAUCAUUAAAAUUAAUGGAAAAUAUUGAGUUUAUGGAUUUUUAUCCAAGACUUCAAGAUGGUGUUGGUCAAUAUAAAAUUAAUGAAGAAAUAUGUAAUAAUCAUUUGGUAUUUUUUAAUAAAUCUGAUGUAACUGGUGACUAUUGGACAGAUAAACGUGGUUCAUCAUACUUUAAACAUAAGAAAAUGUCAGGAAUUCAUUUAGCAGUUGAAGCAUAUAAAUGUCAACCAGAAGUAAUAAAAGAUGUUAAUUGGACAUCACAUAUAGAUUUAUUAAAUACAUUUAAAAAAAAUGAUAUGAAUGAUAAAUAUAUAUCAAGACAAUAUAUUGGAACAUAUAGUGGUGUUACAAGAAUUUAUCCUGCAGUACCAUGGAUAAUUGAACCUAAAGAAUAUACAUUUGAUCUUUUUGAUCCAAGAUAUAGACCUUGGUUUGUUAUGGCAGAAUCAGCACCAAAAGAUAUAUUAUUUUUGUUAGAUUUUAGUGGAUCAGCUAAAGGACAAACUCAACAUUUAACAAAAAUGACUGUUCUUAAUAUAUUAGCUACAUUAAGUCCUAAUGAUUAUAUUAAUGCUGUAUGGUUUAAUAGUCGAAGAGAAUUAGUUAUGAAAAAUUGUUAUGAUGGUUUUGUUCCAGCAACAUCACGUAAUAAACGUUUAUUAAGAUCACUUCUUGAUAAUUUAGAAGAUAGAGAUCAAGCAUUUAUUGGACCAGCAUUAGAAUAUAGUUAUGAACAAUUUAAAAUUCUUAAACAUUUAAAUGAUACAUAUACAUCAAAUGGUCAUAAAAUAAUAAUGCUUUUUACUGAUGGUAUUGAAGAAUGGCCAACAUCAAUUAUUGAAAAUUAUACACAAAUUAAUAGUGAUAAUAUAAGAAUUUUUGGUUUUUCUAUGGGUUAUGGUAUUGGUGAACAACAAUCAUUAGAUUGGAUUGCCUGUAAAACAGAUGCUGAAUAUGCAAUUAUUAAUUCUAUUGCUGCUGUUAGACUUCAAUCAAGGUUUUAUUUAUCAAAAUUAAGUGAAGUAUUAUCAUAUGUCUAUCGAUCAACAAAUUCUAUCAUGACAAGACCAAUAAUUUUUACUCCACCAUAUAUGGAUGCACAAAAACAUGGUGCUGUAACAACGCUAUCAAUACCAAUUUUAAAUUAUACAAAUGGUGAUGAUAGUAAAGGUUUUAUUGGUAUAGCUGCAGUUGAUUACAAAUUAAGUACAUUAAAAAAUAUAAUAAAUUUAAAAAAUAGUAAUUUUUACACAUUUCUUAUUGAUAAUAAUGGAAUUGUUUAUUAUCAUCCUAAAAUGAAAUUACCAAAAAAUGAUAUAUAUAUGAUAAGGAGAACAGCAUGUUACAAUAUUAAAAAUCCAUAUAGACAUACAAAAAAAGUUCAAUAUGGUUUUACAAAUGAAGAAGUUUUAAAAUUAAUGAGUUUAUCAGAUUCAAUAUCAACAAUGGAUAUUUUAGAAUUAGAAUUUCAAACACCUGUUUUUGAAGAAUUUAGAAAAAUGAUGAUUGAUAAAAGAUGUGGUGAGAUAAUAGAAGAUGUUGAUCGUGAAUAUAGAUGUUUGGUACUUGAAAAUACACCACUAGUAUUAGGUUUUGUUCAUCAACUUCAAGAACCAUUUUUUAAAUUAAAAAAUAAUGACUAUAAAUUGAAUAUUCAUCCAAGUUUUAAUGAUAUAACAUUUUAUCAUACGGAUAUUAAAAGAUUUUGUAAUAUUAGUUUAGAUCAUUUAGAUGAAGUAGAAAGAUUACAUGAAAUAACCUCAAGAACUAAUGAAAGAUGUAAAAAAGAAGAAAAAAUAUUUUUUAAUUAUUUAAAUGGUCUUUCAAAUUGGGUAGAUUCAUGGUAUGGUAAAAGAAACUUAAAAAUUAAAGAUGAUAGUGUGUGUGAUAAUAAUACAUAUAUUCCAAGAGAUUUUUCAUUACAACAUUAUAAAUUUUCAUUUGUUCAAACACGUAAACAUAUAACAGCAGUUUUUCCCAAAUGUUCACAACAAAAUUUUUUUGAUUAUAUGGAUGAUUUAAAAUUUGAUUUUCAUAGGCAUAAAAUUUAUCCAAAAUUACAAUUUGUUGUUCAUGGUGAUAAUAUUGCAACAAUUAGAAAUAUUUUAACAAAUGAUGAUGGUAUAAAAUUAGCUAAUGUAGGUGUUGAUUGGUCAAAUCAUUUUAUUGAUGAAUAUUUUAAAAAAUUAACAUAUAAAAAUGCAAAUUGGAAUAUUUGUUAUAAGAAAAAUUAUGAAUGUUUUAUUGUAACAAAAGAUAGUUAUAUAAUAGCAUCAUCAAAAAUAAAUUAUUUUAAACAUUUAUUUGAUGAUUAUAAUUUAUAUAACGAAAUGAAUAGAACGGGUUUAAUUUCACAGGUAGAAUAUACAAAUUAUCAAUUAGAAUGUCCAUCAACAAAAUUCUUUAAUAAAAUACCAACAACAUCAAGUAGUAGAGGAAAAAAAGAUUUUUUUCAAAGUUUAUAUUAUUUUUUAAAAAACUUUAUUAAAUAUUUUUAUUGGUGGAAUAUAUUGCCAACAUCUUUUGUUGAAAGUCAACCAAAAAUUACUGAUAACAAUAAUUGUACAUAUAACAAAAGAAAUACUAAUGAAUAUUGCGCAAAAAAACAAACAUUUUUUAAAUUAAAUAUUCAUUUAGAAAAAGAAAUUCAAUUUAUUUUACAAAAUAAUUGUACAGUUACAUUAAAAAUGUAUCCUUUUAAUGAGAGUGAUUUAUAUCUUUUUAUAAAAAAUAGCUCAUGUCAAAAUCAGGAAAUACAUCAAGAUACCUCAAUUGUUAAAGAAUAUGAUGCUAAUAUGUUAAGUGACUGUUUAUUACUAAAACCAAAAUAUCGGAAAAUAAGAGAAGAUUUGGAUUAUACCAGAUAUCAUUAUAAGGAAGAACCAAGAGAAUGUCCAUCAAAUAGUUGUCAUAUAUUAAUGAGCUUUAGAUUACUAUUAACAAUAAUGUUAAUUAAAAUAUUUUUUCACAAAUUUUUUUGA